AUCCUGUUCUUCAUGGAACCUUCAAGUAAAGCUUAGCCCAAAGAAAAAAAGAAAGAAAAAGAAACCCUGUUAAUUGGAAUCCAAACUUUUUAUUGUUCUUAAACUAAUUCUGCUUCAAUGUCACUACUGAAGUUGCUUAUGCAUUUAUCUCCUUUCUUGGUUGCUCAUUUAUUCGUAUCAGGUGUUGUUUCAGCAACUUUAAGAAUAUUAAACAAUUGUGACUACACUAUAUGGCCAGUAAUAAUAAACUCAACAUAUGAUCCAAGACCUCUCUUCUAUGUCACCUCAACGAUCCCAACUGGUUUUUCCCUUGGACAGAAUGACUGGAAGGACAUAACAACCUCGGAUGAUUGGGCUGGUCGUUUAUGGGGUCGCACACAUUGCACUGAAGAUGAUACAGGAAGAUUCUCCUGCAUCACAGGCGACUGCGGCUCUGGCAAAAUAGAAUGUGCAACAGUACCAGCUGGCUCGAGUCCUGCGACAAUGGCAGAGUUCAAGAUUAACAAAGAUGGACGAUAUUUUUUUAAUGUUAGUCUUCUUGAUGGCUACAACCUGCCUUUGCUUGUUCUGCCUUCUAAUAAGAACUGCAAAAAUGCAGGAUGUGUGGUGGAUUUGAACGGCGUUUGUCCUUCAGAACUUACGGUUAAUAGUUCCGAUGGGAAGAUUGCGGGGUGCCGCAGCGCGUGUGAGGCCUUUGGUUCACAGCAAUAUUGUUGUCCUGGUGUAUAUGAAACAACUUCGACUUGCAAGCCUACUUCAUAUUCUCAGAAUUUUAAGAAGAAGUGUCCAAGCACUUACACCUAUCCUCUUGACGAUGAGACUGGUACCUUCAGUUGUGCAUCAUCCGAUUACCAAAUUGUCUUCUGUGCAGGAAACACAACUGAAUACAAGUCCACGACAAGUAACAUGACAGUUGUUUCUUCAGGACCUGCCGAACCGCCGCCAUCAACAACUGUGAUAAGAGCACCAAGCCUUUCCCCACCGCCAUCACCAUCUGUUAAAACACCACCAAGCCCUUCGCCACAAGGGAUAACGCCACCAAGCCCUUCCCCACAAGAGAUAACACCAAGGCCUUCUCCAGAAAUAAGGCGUAAAACUGCAAGAAGUUUGGUACCAAUUAUAGCAGGAGUUAUAGGCAGUGUCCUUCUUAUCGUUUCUUUUGUAGUGAUUUUUAUUUCGAGGGCAAGAUGGCGUGGGAAGUCUGAACAAGAUCCGCAGGAUGUGGAAGAUGAUCAUAUAAAGCAUGUUCCAGGAAUGCCUGUCAGGUUCUCAUACCAAGAACUGUACGUGGCAACUGAUAAUUUCAACGAGAGACUUGGAAGAGGGGGCUUCGGGUCUGUAUUCAAAGGAAAAUUGGGAGAUGGAACACAAAUUGCUGUGAAGAGGUUGGAGAAACUAGGCCAAGGAAUGAGUGCUUUUUUAGCAGAAGCUGAGGCAAUUGGAAGUCUGCACCAUUUUAACUUGGUGAGGUUGAUAGGAUUUUGUGCAGAGAAAUCGUAUAGGCUUUUAGUAUAUGAGCACAUGAGUAACAGCUCAUUGGACAAUUGGAUUUUUAAGAAAAUACAAGGAUCUUCCCUAGAUUGGCAGACACGAAAGAAGAUUAUACUUGACAUAGCAAAAGGGCUGGCGUAUCUUCAUGAAGAAUGCCGGCAAACCAUAAUGCACCUGGAUAUAAAGCCGCAGAACAUACUCUUAGAUCCAAAUUUCAAUGCCAAAAUCUCUGACUUCGGGCUAUCCAAGCUGAUUGAUAGGGAGAUGAGCCAAGUUCAGCUCUCAAUGAGAGGAACCCCUGGAUAUCUUGCUCCAGAAUGGCAUCAAGAAUUAGGUCGCAUUACAGUAAAAGUUGAUGUAUACAGCUUUGGAAUUGUUCUCCUGGAAGUAGUUUGUGCACGCAGAAGCGUUGAUCACUCACAACCAGAGUCUGCCUUCCAUUUGCUUAGAAUGUUGCAGAACAAAGCUGAAUACAUUUUGAAAUUUUUAGACGAAUAUAUGCAGAGUGAUAGAGAUGAAAUUAUCAGGAUGAUAAAGAUUGCUGCUUGGUGUUUGCAAGAUGAUCCAGAAAAAAGGCCUCUCAUGUCAACAGUUGUAAAGGUGUUGGAGGGUGUAAUGGAGGUAGAUUCAAACCUGGUGUAUAAGUUUUCACAUGCAUUGGCACCACCUCCUGUUGCUGAUGACUAUAUUCUUUCAGCACCGCCACCAGCAUCAGUUCUUUCUAAUCCUAGAUGAGGUUGUAAAGAUCUUUCAUUUUUGCUAGCGAAAAAAAUUAUCAAACUUGUCAUCACUUAAACUACUCUGGUCUCUACCAUGUCAUUUUAACCAACGCAUAUGUUGUUUUGAGUGACUGAUUUUUGUAGUAACAUUCAUAAAUUAUGAUUUGAGGAGUUGUUUGAAGUUGUAAACCAA